AUGUCACGAGAAUCAAGUUCGUCACCCGAUGCAAGCUCGUCAUCACGAUCAACGAAAGACAUACUCAAAGACCUAUGUACUUAUACUGUAGCGUCAGCUGAUCCAGGGGAUCGUUUACCCCACGACUGUUAUAUGAUCAUGGUUGGUCAUUUGAAGAGUCAAGAACAUAUGAAUAUGUUGUUGGAAAUGAGUGAAUCACAAGGAAUAUCGUCGACGAAAGAAGAAGAUGAAAAUCAAGCAGAAUAUGCAGUAUUGAAAUCCGAAAAGGUUGAAUCAAUUUUGGAGCAUAUCAAAUUAACAGGAAAAACUGAACAGCUUGAAAGUCAGCGUAGAAGCCAUUUCGUCUAUGAAGAUAAUUUUAAUUCUUCUCUGACUACUAUGAUGCAAACACAAUCAUCAUUCGAGAAACUUAAAAAGGUAUGUCGUAUAUACGAACAUCGCGAAGGAGUUAACGUGGAUACAGUGAUGGGCGAACAUGAGAAUCGUGCGAAUUUGUCAUAUUCGUACUUUUGUGAAAAAAAAGUGCCACCUGAUGAAGCCAAAGCUUUGGCAUUCGCCAUUUCCUUCUAUACAGGUUCGAAGAGUGAAGCAUGUAAUCGUGGUGCCAGUCUUGUUGCUCGCAAAAGUAAUGGGGAAGUCCUUGGAAAAGAUGUAGAAAACGAAAUAAACGAAGCAGCUAUCAUUCUUUAUUAUUUGGUGAAAGCACUUUCAUACAUCCCUUUUUACUGGGGAUAUGUUACUCGAGCCUGUCAGCUUACAUUCGAUGAAUUGAAACUGUACGUACCUGGCGCUUUAAUCACUUGGAUUCAGUUUAGUAGUUCAAAAAAAGGUAAAAAAGCAGUUAAUUCGAAUGCUUUUAAAGAUCGAAAUGUACUUUUUAAAAUCUUCUCGUUAACUGGUCGUCCCAUCAAAAAAUUUUCUAACUAUCCGGAAGAAGAUGAAGUUUUAUUUCUGCCCCAUUCUACCUUUCUUGUUUUCAACCGCAAAACAUAUUAUAAAGAGGGAAAACAAGUAAUCUACAUGCGACAAGUCGAACUGGGUUUAUGCACAUGGUCAGUGUUGUGGGUGGACGACCGCAUAUUUGAUGAAAAUUGGGAGAAUAAACAACACAUGGAAUACGCAGCAAUCAAUGCACUUGAUAUAAACGUGCAUUUUAUUCCGAAAUCGUCCACUGAUAGUGCUCUGUCCUUUUUACGAUCCGCAUUUGGACAGCGUUUGAAAAAUCAGGAUGCAUUCCGUAUUGUAACUGAUAUGAAUCGUACAAAUGAAAUACCUGCUCAUAAUGCAGGUGCACGAUUAAUCAAAGCAAUACGACAGAUGGGUUUCAGAGAAUAUGUUGUCAAAGAACAAUUUCAAGUUACAAUUGCACCCAAUUAUUUAAUAUUAAGUGAAAUCUAUGUGAGAACUUUGAAUUUCAAAAUCUUACAAACUAAUAAAGCUCCUCUUAUGAAUUUACCGCAAAUUUCAGAAGUAUGCAUGUAUCGAGCUUUUGCUCGUCAAGAUUAUUUCGGAUUUAUUGUGAAAAAAGAUGAAAAUACAUUUGCAUUACUUUUAUACCACCGGUGCUUACGUGACGCAUAG